AUGGAAGGGCGGAAUGAGAUCAGGGAUGGGCGGAAGGAGAUUAGGGGUGGGCGGAAUAAGGCGCGGGUUGAUGGGGAGGGGGAAUGGAGGGGGAGAGCAGGUGCUGCCCGAGGAGGGGGAAGAGAGACGUCGUCCCUUUUGACAGGGAGGCAUGGACCGCACUCACCCUGCUGCCCGCUUCUCUCCCUCCCCGCCGUUCUCCCAUGCAUGUGCCUGCAGCUGCAGGCGCUGUUGCGCAUGGGCAUGCCAGCGGGGGUGUGCAGCACGCGCAACGCCACCACGCCACUGCACGUGGCGGCGUAUGGCGGCCACGUGGACUGCAUGUGCCUGCUGGCGGCUGUGCUGACCAAGCAGCAGUGGGAGGCAGUGAGACGACUUGCACACCAGGGAAUAGAGCCAGCAGAGGUAGAAGCAGCGGGGGCCAACCCCAAGGCGGUUCAGAUAGUGUGGGAGGAGCAUGCGCGGCGGGCAGGCCAAGGAGGGGAGAGGGGGCAUGGGUUUUGGAAGGAUGGUGGAGAGCCGUACACCAACUGCACCGCUCUGAACCCAUUUGUGCAGUGGAAUCUGCAGCCGCUGCUACCAGCCACUCCCCCCUCCUUCACCCUCACCUCACCACCCCCACCCGCCUUCACGCCGCCAUACGCCCUCUCGUCCAUCUGCUUGUGGACGUCCCUCUCCGCCAUCGCACCUGGUCGCACACAAGCAACAGCCCUCCUGCCACUGCCGCCACACACAAAGCCUGCUGAUGCAGAUGCUGGCAGUGGAGGCGAGAAGGCAGUGGGGGGCGCAGUUGGUUCGAGUCAGGGCGUGCAGGGGGAGUGGGCAGUGGCGGGGUAUGAGGCGAUGCGUGUGGUGCAGGUGGGGGGUGGGUGGCGCCAGGGCAGCUAUGGCCUGCCCUCCUCCCUCGCUGCCACUGCUGCACCUGCUGUGUCUGGAAGGCAAGGUGACUUGUCUGGAAACCUUUGUUGCACUUCUUUGUAG